GCGUAGCGCCAAUUUGACUUGCUUCUGCCCGCCGUGUGCUUCCGCCUUCGAUACGUAUAUAAGCGCGGGCGACGCGCGUGGCGCCAACGAGCAGAGCGCGCGCAGCACGCGGCGCCGGCGGCCAACGCAUCACGAGACAUGGCGGAUCCAUUCUUCUACUUCGGCCAGGACGACGCCGACUUCGGCGAGGACUACCUGAUGAGCCUCGGCCUGAUCCUCCCGCCGCCAGCGGCAGCGUUGCCAAUGCCGGGCAGCGCGUUCGAGGCGUACCAGCGGCAGCGCGCGCCGGCGUUGCUGGAGUCACCGAUGGGCCGCGGUCAUCAGCACAGCAACUCCGGCGCCGGCAGCGGGGCGAACGUGAACGUUCACCGGAGGAUGUUUGAUUACCUGAGACGCAUUGUCCACCACGACGCCGCGGCGGCCGGAACAGCUGUGCACCCGGCGCCCGGGAACGAGGAGGCUGCCACCGUGCCGUCGUCGACGCCGCAGGCGCCGCGAAGCUCGCGGUUCCGGCACAUCAUGCGCGAGCGGCUGCGGCGGGAGCGCGUCAGCCAGGGCUUCGCCGACCUCCACGCCCUCCUGCCCCCCGGCGCCUCGUCCAAAGGUAGCAAGAACGACAUCGUCGGCGCGGCAGCGGGCUACAUCUGGGAGCUCGAGGGGAGGAAGGGGUGGCUCCGCGCGAGGAACCAGGAGCUGAUGCUGGAGCGGGCUGCCAGCAGCCGCUGGAGGGGAGGAGGAGCGAGGAAUGCCGGCGGCGGCGGCGGGAACGACAUGGUGGUGAAGGUGCGAGCCGAGAGCGGGGACCACGCGACGGCGGUGGACGUGUUCGAGGCGGUGCUCCGUCGACUCAAGGCCAUGGAGGAGCUCCGGGUGACGGCGAUCCGGUCGUGCUUCUGCGCCGGCGGGAUGUGGAUGGACGUCGGAGUGGAAAGCCACCAGGUAUCCACGCGUGAGGUGGACAAGGCAAUAACAAAUGCCUUGAUGGAGCUUUCUGGGAACGAACUCGGCAAGCAAGAUCCAAGCAGCAGCAAGCCGAGAUUUAGCUGCCAAGUCGAAAGUGGUGUGCCGAUGGGUUGAUGUUGGUCGUUACACGAGUAGCUAGAGACGAUGAAUUCCUAUGACACCGUUAGUUUACUAAAAUUGUAAGUCGUUUUGGUUAUAGAUAUUUAUAUAUAUGCACUAACUAAAUAUAGUGUAUAUCUAAAAAAAUCAAAACAGCUUACAUUUUAAAACGGAAGGAAUAAGGUGAAAUUUUAUUUUAUUUAUGCAGUUACUUAAUAACCGCAUUGGCAUUUUUUUUUUAAAAAAAGUUUCUUUA